GUUCUUGUUUAUAAAUUUGAACUAGAUGAAGUUGUUGUUCUGCUAUACAGAUUCUGCAUACCCGACCAUAUUGUGGAAAUAACAAUAUGUUGUAGUUCUCACUUGUCAUCAAUGGAGCAUGAGAUCAGUAGAGUUGAAUAAACACCUCAAAUAACAAUGGCAACAACCUUAAAUCUCUCACUUCCUCCUCUUCUUUCCACUGCACAACAACCUCAAUCCACUCAAACUCCAACAACAACAACCACCAACUUACUACAAUCAUGCAAAAACCUCAACCAAAUCAAACAACUCCACGCCCAUUUCACUAAACACGGCUACAAUCAACAUCCUAGUUUUCUUACCAAACUCAUUACUAAAUACUCCGAAACGGGGUCCAUGAAAUACGCGCAAAUAGCUUUCGAUAAUUUACGUAAAGAAGGCUACAGUAAUUUUACCUACGUGUAUAAUGUAUUGAUUAAAGGGUAUUGGUUAGCGGGUUUGUUCUAUGAAGCAUUGUUGGUUUUUGCAAGAAUGGUUGGUGAAUCAGUGGAGUUUGAUGGGUAUACUUUUCCAUUGGUUUUGAGUGUUUGUGCUAAAGACGGAAGGUUUAGUGAAGGGGUUCAAGUUAUGGGGUUGGCAUUGAAAUGGGGUUUUGGUGAUGAUGUGUUUGUGUUGAAUUCAUUGAUACAUUUAUAUGGGGAAUGUGGGGAGGUAGGGAAAGCGCGGAAGGUGUUUGAUAAAAUGUCGGAGAGAAAUUUAGUGUCGUGGACUUGUCUGAUUAAUGGGUAUGUGAGGAGUGAGAAGGCGGAAGAGGCGGUGAAAUUGUUUUUUGAGAUGACAGAGGGGGCGGGGGAGGAGGGGGAGGGCGCUGUUGUGCCGAAUUCUGUGACGAUGGUGUGUGUGUUAUCGGCUUGUGCGAAGUUGGGGGAUUUGGGAUUGGCAGAACGAGUGUAUGGUUAUAUUGAGAAGGUGGGAUUGAAGGUUAAUACUGUUAUGGUAAAUGCUCUUGUAGAUAUGUAUAUGAAAUGUGGAUCGAUGGGUAAGGCGAAAAGGCUUCUUGAGGAAUGUGUUGAUCGGAAUUUGGUACUUUAUAACACUGCUUUAUCAAACUAUGUGCGUAAUGGGAUGGUAAGGGAAGCACUUGAGGUCUUGGGUGAAAUGCUUUCUCAUGGAGGACCUCGUCCGGAUAGAGUAACUUUGUUGUCUUCUAUAUCAGCUUCUACAGAGAUGGCUGAUGUUUACUUUGGAAAGCAGUGUCAUGCUUAUGUGUUGAGGAACGGGUUAGAGAAUUGGGAUUCCAUUAGUAAUGCCAUGAUAGAUAUGUACAUGAAGUGUGGGAGUCAAGAAUGGGCUUGCAGAGUUUUUGAUCAGAUGUCGAACAAGACAGUAGUCUCGUGGAAUUCACUUAUUGCGGGCUUUCUGAGAAAUGGUGAUGUGGAGGAAGCUUGCAAAACUUUUAACGAUAUGCCUGAGAGCGAUCUCGUGUCAUGGAACACCAUGAUUGGUGGUUUGGUACAGCAGAGCAUGUUUGAGGAUGCAAUUCAUCUAUUUCGUGUAAUGCAGAAUGAAGGGAUUAAAGCAGAUAGAGUGACAAUGGUCAGUGUUGCAUCUGCCUGUGGAUACUUAGGUGCUAAUGAUCUGGCUAAGUGGAUAUAUAUUUACAUUGAGAAGUACGAAAUUUAUCUAGAUAUGCAGCUAAGUACUGCACUUGUUGACAUGUUUGCUAGGUGUGGUGAUCCUGCAAAUGCGAUGAAAGUGUUCAACAAAAUGAAAGAGAGGGAUGUCUCUGCCUGGACUGCCACAAUAGGGGCCAUGGCUAUGGAAGGAAAUGGUAAGAGGGCAAUCAAACUGUUCUAUGAGAUGCUUCGGGAAGGGGUGGAACCUGACCAUGUUGUGUUUGUGGCUGUACUGACUGCAUGUAGCCAUGGGGGCUUAGUAGGAGAAGGAAUGGAAAUUUUUAGGCGUAUGAAAGAGAUCCAUGGCAUCUCACCACAAAUAGUGCAUUAUGGGUGCAUUGUUGAUAUGCUUGGUCGCGCUGGCUUAUUGAAAGAAGCUGUUGAUAUAAUUAAAAACAUGCCAAUGGAGCCCAAUGAUGCAGUUUGGGGGGCUUUCCUUGCUGCUUGUAAGAUGCAUAAAAACGAUGAGCUGGCAACUUAUGCAAUUGAUAUGAUCUCAGAAUCAUCCCCAGAUAAAGCUGGGAUCCAUGUGCUUCUUUCAAAUAUUUAUGCUUUAAGAGGGAAAUGGACUGAUGUUGCCAAGGUAAGGAUGUCCAUGAAGGAGAGAGGGAUAAAGAAGAACCCCGGUUCAAGCUCAAUCGAGGUGAAUGGGAACAUUCACGAGUUCACUUCAGGUGAUGAGUUUCACCCAGAACACCACAACAUUUGCCUAAUGCUAGAUGAAAUGAACUGCAGGGUUGGAGAGGCAGGUCAUGUCCCUGAUCUUACAAAUGUUUUCAUAGAUGUUGAUGAGCAAGAGAAAGAAUUCUUGCUCAAUCGACAUAGCGAGAAAAUAGCCAUGGCAUAUGGACUCAUCUCUACAACUCAGGGACAUCCCAUUCGUAUAGUGAAAAACCUCCGCAUGUGCUCAGAUUGCCAUUCAUUUGCAAAAUUUGUUUCAAAAGUAUAUGACCGGCAUAUUGUUGUCCGAGAUAACAACCGUUUCCAUUUUUUCCAAGGAGGGUUGUGUUCUUGUGGUGAUUAUUGGUAGCUCAAUGUUGUAUAUGGUGUAUGAUACGUACAUUGUAUUGGUAACUUUAUCAAAUGCAACUGGAAUUGUGGUCUAAA